AUGAGGGUCGCUGCCUGUCUCAUCCUCCCAGUUCUUCUCGGGGUCUGCUUCGCUUCAAGACUGAAUGGAAACAGUCAUGGCAACGGUAAUGGCAACAGCAACGGGAACGGCUUCACCUAUGGCGUUAACAGAAACGGGAAUGGUGCCAACGGCAACGGAAAAUACAGAAAUGGAAACGGGAACGGUGUGAACGGCAACGGUUACACCAACGGCAAUGGUGCUGUCAACGGCAACGGCUACACGAACGGCAACGGUGCUGUCAACGGCAACGGUAACGGUGCUGUUAACGGAAAUGGUAACGGCAACGGGUACUCCUACCAGCCCCCUAGUGUACCUGUGAACCUGUACCAGACCCCAGGCAGCAACGGCAACGGUGCUGUGAACGGCAACGGUGCUAUCAAUGGCAACGGUUACACCAACGGUGUCAACGGCAACGGUGCUGUUAACAGAAACGGUUACACCAACGGUGUCAACGGCAACGGCGCUGUUAACGGAAACGGUUACUCCAACGGUGUCAACGGCAACGGCGCUGUUAACGGAAACGGUUACUCCAACGGUGUCAACGGCAACGGCGCUGUUAACGGAAACGGUUAUUCCAACGGUGUCAACGGCAACGGCGCUGUUAACGGAAACGGUUACUCCAACGGUGUCAACGGCAACGGCGCUGUUAACGGAAACGGUUAUUCCAACGGCCGCGUCAACGGUAACGGCGCCGUUAAUGGAAACGGUUACUCCAAUGGCCGCGUCAACGGAAAUGGCGCCGUUAACGGAAAUGGUUACUCCAAUGGCCGCGUCAACGGAAAUGGUGCCGUUAACGGAAAUGGUUACUCCAAUGGCCGCGUCAACGGAAAUGGCGCCGUUAACGGAAAUGGUUACUCCAAUGGCCGCGUGAACGGCAACGGUGCUGUCAACGGUAAUGGUUAUUCCAACGGUCGCGUCAACGGUAACGGUUACUCCAACGGGCGUGUCAACGGAAACGGUGCUGUGAAUGGUAACGGUUACUCAAACGGUCGCGUCAACGGAAACGGUUACUCCAACGGUCUCGUUAACGGCAAUGGUUACACCAAUGGAGUGAACGGUAAUGGAGUGAACGGCAAAGGGUACACUAACGGAGUCAAUGGCAAUGGUGCUGUUAACGGCAAUGGGUACACCAACGGCGUCAACGGUAAUGGAGUUAAUGGCAAUGGUUACACCAACGGAGUCAAUGGCAAUGGUGCUGUUAAUGGCAACGGUUACACCAACGGUGUUAACGGCAACGGAGUGAACGGAAACGGUUACACUAACGGCGUUAACGGUAAUGGCGCUGUCAACGGUAACGGUACUGUGAACGGCAACGGCAACGGGUACUCGUACCAGCCCCCUAGCGUUCCCGUCAACCUGUACCAGACCCCACGAGGCUAA